AACCUCUCGUGACGCGCAGCCGCUGUUGGAGGCCGACGAGACGAGCCUGGACAAGGAGAAGGAGGCUGUCCGGCUGAUGCUCGCCACGGACCGCUACCCUGUCGGCCAGCAGCACCCCGACGGCUACCAGCCGUACCACGAUCAGACAUUGCAGUCCUCGCGUCGGCACCGGUCCACGUCGCCGUGGUACCGGCGCCUGCUCGACCCAGACUGCCUCUCGCUCGAGACGUGCCUGGGUGCGGGCCCACUGUCUGGCUGGGAGAUGGUGCUCACCUCUUUGACGGUGUUCGCCGGCGCCACCGCCACCGUGGCUGCAACCUUCUUCAGUAUCCGAGACACGCUACGCUACGCCACCUUUACGCCGCCCUGCCUCACAAACGUGACGCAGGCCUCCAAGAUACUGUCCAUUAUAACAGACGGCAUGAUCGCCAUCUAACUCCUCAUAAGCCAUUCCCCUUCAACACGGUGUUCAAUACGAUAUUUCUCAAGUCAACCACGACCAGCCCGCAGCGCUGCCUGUGAACUUUCUUCCAAUUUUAAAACAAUUGUUUUCCUGCAGUUAUAUACUCAUAUGAAUUGGCAAAACGGCGGUACAGGUCCGAGCCCCCGUCCCCUCUCCUCUCUCUCUCUCUCCUCUGUCCUUCCCUCAAGUGUUUCUCUCAACCACAGGCUAUGUGGAUUGUAUUGUGAUCUCUAGAUUUUUUUAAAGGAUGAAUAAAAAAACACUAGUCUUA